UCAAUCAAACUGUACCUUUAUAAAUGCGCGCACAGAGCCCGUAGUAUCAUCCCGACCGAUAAACCCAUCGCCGAGGGACGGGGCUGCGAGUCGCUGGACUAAAUUCCACAAUAAAUCCUAAGAUUCUAACCUUGAAAUAAUAAUCACCGUUUCUUUUUCUUUCCUUCAUUUGAAGUAUAUUGGAUCUGCAGCUGAUACAAAAUGGAUAAACUGCAAAAUCUUAACUCAAGCAAUGAUAACAGCACCAUUGAUACAGAGUCGUUUACCGAGUGGGAUUCCUAUCAACGGCUGGACUCGCGGGAACUCAAAAUGCUCAUCCCAGUCAUUCUUGGGAUCAUCUGUGUCCUGGGUUUUGCUGGAAACCUCACGGCUAUGGGGGUACUCCUCACCAAUGCCCAUAAGGGCAAACUGUCUCUGAUCAACUCCCUUAUUCUCAACCUCAUGUUUGCCGAUGGUCUAGUGCUGGCUUUUACAGUCCCAUUCAAGGCUGCCACGUUCUCGCGAGCGAGCUGGACGUUGGGCUGGUUCGUGUGCAAGACUUGCGAUUGGUUCCUGCAUUCCUGCAUGGCAGCGAAGAGCUUCACUAUCGCCAUCAUGGCUAAAGCCUGCUACAAGUAUGUGAGCAACCCCCUGAAGCAGGUGAGCAUCCGCUGCAAAACCGUGCUGGUCAUCUUGUUCUUCUCCUGGCUGUUGGCUUGUGUGAUCGCAGUCCCCCAAUGGCUAUUUGCAGUGCUUCAGAAAGAUGGUGACAGAAUGGUCUGCAUCCAAGUCGUGCCACCCAACACUCUGAGGUUCAUGUCUGUGUACAUCAAGGCGUACCCCCUGGUCACCUUCUGCGGUCCCAUCAGCUUUGCCCUGCUCUACUUCUGGAGGGCGUAUGGUAGCAGUCAGCGGCAUGGCAGCAAGACCCAGAACCUCAGGACACAAAUACGCUCCAGGAAACUGACACUCAUGCUCUUCAGCCUGACGGUCACCACGGCAACCAUGUGGCUGCCACAGUGGGUGUCCUGGGUGUGGAGGCACCACGUUACAGAAACCGCGGCCCCGUCGCCGCCCCUCGUCUUCACGCUCUCCUCCCAGCUGCUGAUGUUUUCCAUCUCCCUCAUUAACCCGAUGAUCGUCCUCUCCCUGUCCGAGGAGUUCCGCGAGAGCUAUAAAGGACUGUGGCGACGGCUGACUCUCCGGAAACACCCGCCCAAGCCCAAGCAGGGACCGCACACACCUACGGCUCAGAAGUGCCCCUGUCCCAGACCCGAAACUGCCGCAGGACAAGCGCUUCCCCGCAAGUCCGGCCCAGCAGAGACCAAGCCGGACCAGGAUGCGGAGCACAGCUGCACGGACGCCGAGAGUCCAGCCAACAAGGAUGGCAUCGUCUUGCCAGACGUGGAGCAGUUCUGGCAAGAGCGCGAGACCAACUCGCUGACUGAUGUGAACGACCCGGUGCCCUGGGAGCACCAGGACCCAACAGAAGUCAAAAAAUAAAAUGCGCAGAAUCGCUGCAGGCAACUGCAACACCGGCCAGGGUUUAUCACACUCAAACAAAGGCAGCGAGUACAACAGAGUGACCUCGUAGAGCUGGGCUUUACCAAAAGACACACACACGCAGGUAUUGCUAGAGUAGCUUUGGAUUUGUUCUUGAGAUGUAAUUUGUUGACUUUUAGCUGUGAUUUGGUGUGUGAUUUUAAAUACAUUUAUGUAUAAAAACUUGACAAAACCAACCCAUUCAACAAAGCUUAAGAAUCUCUUUCAAAUGAAUCCUUUGCUACACCCAGCAUCGCAGUGGACCUGCCAAUUCCAGGCAGGAUAUAAAACCUACUGCAGAUAUUACACAUACAGCUGCUUAUCCAGUGUUACAAACCAUUGUAAAUAAUCAUUUACAUUAUUAUAUAUGAUAUAUAUAUAGCACCUGCUCCCAAGAAUGUUGUAGGAAUUAUUUUGGAGGGGGAGG